AUGAGAAAGAACUGUGCAAGGCUUGUUCUUCUUUCGCCGUUGGGAUCGGGUUCACCGAUGUUGUUACUGAGAGGACGAGCUCAUCGUCAUCAUUACAUUAAUAAUAAUAACAACUUGAUCAGUUCUGUUUUUUCAGCACAUGCGAUCAGGACCACUACCAAGAAUCAUCAUCAAUCCGUUUUCAAUAAGAAUAGUGAAUGUAUUCAAAUUCUGUCCUUGAUGAAGCGGCAAGCACAAUUAAAGAAUUUCCAUACAUCAUUGAGCCAUAGGGAAAGUGGUGUUCCGAACAUGGAGGCAAAUAAUGUAAAUAGACUUCAUUUCAGUAAAACCUAUUGGAUCUAUGAACAAUAUAGAAAGGAUUUGGAAGAGAGAUUGGCAUCAUUGAAAUCGUACUAUGCCUACGACACACAACAAGCAAAUAUAAAAAGACAAAUUGAUCGAAUUCAGGCCGAGUUGGAUCAUUUUGAUAUUUGUGAAAGACAGUUUAAUCAAAAGGUGAAUCGAUUGCAAUAUCAAAUUGAUGCUCUUGAGAUGAAGAAGGAAACAAAUGAGUCGGAUAUUUUGCAUUGUGAAAUGAUGAUUUCUCACAUUAAGAAUGAAUUUAAAUAUGCUAAAAGUGAUGAUGUAAUUCAUUCUCUCACUUCGAGACUUCAACAACAAGAAUUUCAUUUGGAGAAUUUGAGAGAAACACAUGACUCUCUAUUGUCUGAAAUUGCUAAUCUUCAAGCACAGAUUGAUAGCUACACCAUGGAUUUCAUUGAUGAUUUAGAACUUGCUCUCGAUGGAAAAAUAACAUUCUGGAAGUACCACUAUCCAACAGUAUUGAGAGUUGCUUUAAUUGCAGCACUUGUGAGCUUUAUUGCAUCCUAUCUUUAUCAUGCUGUUGGUGUGAGUAUUGAAUUGAGAAUUGGAGGUGACGAUGAUGAGGAAGAUGAAAACGAAGAUGGACAAGAAGAUGACAAGGAAAAGGCCUCUGAUUAG